UUCACCUGCAGAAACACAGCGGGACUCAGACCGACUCACCCGGACUUAGACCGACUCACCGACCGACCCCCUGCCCGGCCGCAGCGCAGCGACCCCCUCUCUCUGCGGGGAACCCAGGUCUGCGUACCGUGAUGUCCUCCGCGGUGGAUCGGAACCGGCGCGUGGCCUGCAGCACCCGAGUGACGCGCGAUGACAUCAACGUGUGAGAGUCGCGUGAGCUGAUCGAUCACCAACAACUAGGAUGCUGCCGGCCUCCAUCCAGAUCACGGGGGAGCUGCUGUCGGCGGCAGAGGUGCAGGAUAUAUGUGAGAGUCUGAAGGAGGAUGGCGUGCGGCUGCUGUCGGUGCGCGGCUGCCAGCUGUCGGACCGGGACUUCGGGCGGGUCUGCCGAGGGGUGGCGGCGUCGGCCUCGCUCGCCCAGCUCAACCUCAACCUGGGUGUGGUCUCCAGCAUCAACCGAACCCGGCAGCUGGCGGACGCGCUGAGCUGCAACCGCUCGCUGCAGACGCUGUUUCUCCACGGCAGCCCCCUUCUGGACGCCGGCCUGGUGACGCUGAACCCGGCUCUGUCCUCCCACCCGACACUGCUGAGCCUGGACCUGGGAGACUGCAUGCUGGGAGACGAGGCGCUGCGGCUGAUCUGUGGCCUGCUGCCGCCCGACGGGGCCAAGUCCGGUCUUAGGGAGCUGACUCUCAGUGCUAACCCAGGGAUCAGCUCCAGAGGUUGGGCUCGUCUCUCCGUCGCUGUGUCUCACAGCUCUCAGCUCCGAGUCCUGAACCUGGACUAUAACCCUCUGGGGGAUCAGAUUGCUGGGAUGCUGGCAGUCUCUGUGGCCUCGAGUAGAACUCUGGAGGUCCUGGACCUGGAGGGGACUGGCCUGAGCAACCAAUCAGCACAGGUAUUCCUGGACAUGGUGCAGAACUACCCAACCAGCCUGAGGGUUCUGGUUCUGUCAGAGAACAGCAUCAGCACGGAGCUGCAGCAGCAGAUCAGUGACCUGCUGUCGGAGGGGGAGGACGACGAGGAGGCCGCUCCCCCGCAGCCAGGCCCCGCCCCCAGCAGCAGCCUGCGGCCAAUCAGAGACAAGUACCAGCCGAUCAGAGACAAGUACCAGUCCCCCACCUGGCUCCCCCACAGCAACUCCAGCCCACAGAUGGUCCUUCUCACUUCAGGUGUAGGUGAGAGCUUAUUGGCUGAGACUGAGAUGUGACCCCCCCCCCCCCCACCACCACCACACACACACACACACACACACACACACACACUUCCUGUUUCACUUUAUUCUGAUUUGUUUGGUUUGGAUGUUCCUGGUUUGUUUCUCCACUCUGCGGCCGGUCUGACCACCUUUCGUCUGGCAGCCAAUCACAUGCUCGGCAUGGUUUGAUGUAGCACCUGUUCACACCUGCCACACAAGUGACUUACAGAGUUCACCAAGUCUGAUGAAUGUCCCUCUGAUGUCACGAUAUUAAACUGUUUACAGC